AAAUAUGGCCGUUACAGUGCACAGCAGUCAAUACUUCAGAUUGUUAGGAUAACUCAGAGUGUUUUGGUCAUCCACCAGGUGGCGUCAGGCGGUAGUGAGCCCCGGCCGUGUAUGACGACCCUGCCGGCGGUCUGCUGAGCCGUGCGGCCCCGGGGCCCAGAGCCUGGACCCCCCCCUGAGGAUCCUGCCCCCUGUUGACCCCCCCAGGUCGGCCGUACCUUCUUCUCCACGAUGAUAACCCCCGCGUUUGACCUGAGCCAAGACCCCGACUACCUGACCCUCAGCAUCAGAGUGCCUUACACCAGAACAUCAGAGUUUGACCUGUUCAUCGAUGGGACGGAUUUCAAGUUCUACGCCAAGCCCUACUUUCUUAGGUUAACUCUUCCUGGAAGAAUUGUAGAGGAUGGGAGGGAAAAAGCCAUAUUCGAUGUUGACAAAGGUCUUUUCACCCUUCGGGUGCCAAAGGAGACAGCCGGGGAGCACUUUGAGGGGCUUCAGAUGCUCACGAGUCUGCUGGCUCCAAAGGGCUCCCGGUCAGCACAGCCUCUGGUAGAAGAUGUGACCCUAGCAGAAAGCACUGAUGGCGCUGGAGACGUUGAAGAGGAAGAGGAUGAAGAGUUUGACUGGCAGGUGGAGCAGGAGGUCUACAUGGAGAGAUCUGAGGAGGAGCUGGGAGCCCUCCAGAAGUACGGCUUUGGCAAUCAGAGAUCCGGAGUAUUCGCACGACUGCAGGAGGAGCUCUGUGAUGUGAUCGACAUCAAAAACCCAGAGGGAACGUCAGCGGCAGAGAGGCGGCGGGCCCGGCUCCAAGCGGAGGCAUCGGCUUUCUCUCCUGACCAUUACUUGGCGGACUUGUUUGAGGAUGAGGAGAUAAAGGGGCUGCUGAAGUUCAGGCCGUGGUGGGCAAAGCUGACCGCCUCUUCAGAAGAGGACGGAGAGUCGGCCGUGGCGUUCACCGAGGCAGAGAAAGAGCAGCUGAGAAAAUUCACAAACCGCUCCUACCUACUGGACAAGACCUCCCGUUACCAAGCGUGGCUCGGCCUUGUGGACGUCUUGUUGGCUUACUCCUAUGAAGUGCGCUGUACAGAAGGGGAGCACAAUGUGGAGUCACCGUGGACCAUCAGAAAACUCAGCGGGACUCUGUGCUGGCUGGAGACGUACAGCUCCCUGCACGAGGUGCUGGUGUCCUUUGGGAGGAGGGCCGUGUGCUACCCGCUGUUCAGACACUUUGCUCUGGUCACCGCUGCAAUUUGUGACACCGCAAAGAUUUUGAAGUCAGGGAAAGCCUGCGUCCUCAAGUGCCUGCUGGACCUGCACAAGAUCUUCAGAGAGAACGACCCGGCCUACAUACUGAACGACCUGUACAUCACGGACUACUGCAUCUGGAUCCAGAGGGUCAAGUCGAAGAAGGUGACGGAGCUGGCGACAAGCCUGCAAAAAGCCUCGCUGCAGAAAGAGGACUUGGAUCUGGAGCUGGACGAGCUGGAGAGAGCAGCAGCAAUGGUGAUGGAGGAAGAAGAAGAAGAAGAAGAAGAGGACGAGCAGCGGGCUUCCAGCAGAACCCCAGAAUCCAGCAGUGACAGCAGCAGUGAGAGUGAAGAGUCUGAUCCUGAGGGGCAAGGCUGCUCUGGUUCCAUGGAGGAGAGAGAACGAGGAAGAGGAGGAGGCAAUACACGCAAGGACAGCCCUCUCCAGCCCCAACCCUCCUCCUCUGCCUCUCCCAUCCCCCAGACGCCCGCCGGCGCACUCCUCCCAGCACAGCAGAGGGAGGCGGACGCCCCUCUCCCAGCCCCACAAGGCUGCCGAACGCUGAUCCAGGAGCUGGGGGAGCGCUUGGCGGAGGAGCUGAGAGUCUCUCCGGACUCCCCCCGCUCACAGCCGAGCGGAGCGGAAACAUCUGGAGGGAGCAGCGGCGGGAGCGCGCUGGAGCCGAGCCCCCGCAGAGACCCCCUGCUCAUCGUACAGACGCAGGAAGCCCUCAGCCAACCUUGAAGUGGGAUUUCGUCAGCUAGACAGAGAGUGAUGUGGAAUCUGAAAGCUUCUUUGAAUGAGAUGUAAGAAUUUUCUUUUUGUUUUUGUUACUAUUGUCUCUGUAUUAAAAUGCGUUUACUCUGUUAUCUUCUUCCGAAAUGGCAGUUCCCAUAAUUUGUACAUUUAAUUGAUUAAAGAACUUGUAAAGCUUCUAUAAAAUCCAUUGUUUACUCAUGUUUUC